UCACAGUACUGUACAGAGGUAAAUGCUUGCAUUCAUUUUUUGCAGCUCUCUCCUAAAUUAACCAGCCAAUGCGAGAAAAGGCUGUGGGUCCGGGACAUGGGAAAACUAUUGUUAGAAGAGUUUAGCUGAAAAGGUAGCAGCCAAACGCUGUGUGCUUUAUGUAUUGCCAUGGCAUAACUUCCUUAAUAUGUGAUUAUCUGGGGGCUUUGUGAAGAAAUAUUCCACAGCCAGCUUACUCCAAAGAAAUUAACGUUGCAGAAGCAUUUUAAGGAAUUAAAUAUGGUAUUCUGCUUCGCCCUAUAAGCAUCUCGGAUACUGUGCUUACCAAUCAAUUGGUACAGUGAAACACAGCGAAGCUGCAACAGCGUGGAGACCAGGCGUCUCUCUUUCUUCCUCAAUACUGGGACCUCUCUACCAUGUCAUACCCACAAUUUGGAUAUCCGUACUCAUCUGCACCCCAGUUCCUAAUGACCACAAAUUCUUUGACAACUUGCUGCGAAUCUAGCGGCAGAACUGUGGCUGAAUCUGGGGCUGCAGCCUCUCAUCAAACGCCAGUUUAUUGUCCUGUGUAUGAGAGCAGGCUUCUGGCCACAGCCAGGCACGAGUUUAAUUCUGCAGCUGCUCUUGGAGUCUAUGGGAACACCUACACGAGCAGUCAAGGCUAUGGGAACUAUGUUACUUAUGGCACGGAUGCCUCCGCUUUCUACUCAUUGAGUACAUUCGACUCAAAGGAUGGGACCGGAUCUGCGCAUGCGGGGAUCACCCAGGCUGCAGCCUAUUAUCCUUAUGAUGCUUCUUUGGGGCCGUAUCAGUAUGACAGAUAUGGCACAAUGGAUGUGGGGACAAGAAGAAAAAAUGCCACUCGUGAAACAACUAGUACCCUCAAGGCUUGGCUCCAGGAGCACAGGAAAAACCCCUACCCCACCAAAGGAGAAAAGAUCAUGCUGGCCAUCAUCACCAAGAUGACCCUGACCCAGGUCUCCACCUGGUUCGCCAAUGCCAGGAGGAGACUUAAGAAGGAGAAUAAAAUGACCUGGCCCCCACGAAACAAGUGCUCUGAUGAGAAGAUAUACGAUGUUGAAGAAGGAGAUGAAUCUCAAGAGGAGCACAUCAAGACCGAAAAGAACGAUGAUGAUAACAGAAGCAGAGAUGACAAGGAGUUGCAGCUGAGUGACCUAGAAGACUUUGAAGCGAUUGAGUCAGAGAGUUCUGAGUGCGAGCUGAAACACCAGUUUCACAUGGGCAGUACCCAUAUUAGAACCACCGACUGUCAGAAUGAUCACUUCAAAGAAGCCUCCUUAAAGAUCUUAAUUCCGUCAUCACUUGAAGGAGAUCAGGAAAUUGGCAAAAACUGUCUAAAGACGGUGUCUGAUGAUUGUGAACGUGAUCUGAUAACUGGGAGGCAGGCAAAAACGUGUUUUCAACAGAGACAGCAAAUGCUGGAGAGCAAGCCACGAAUCUGGUCGCUGGCACAAACCGCGACUUCUUUGAAUCAAACUGAGUAUCCUUCCUGCAUGCUGAAGUGUCAACAGGUGAUCCCUUCAUCUCCAGCUGUUUCCUCCCCUGUUAAUGCAAUUGACAGACAACAAGAUUCACCAGUGACCACUCUCAGAAACUGGGUGGAUGGUGUUUUCCAUGAUCCAUUGUUUAGGCACAGCACUUUGAACCAAGCAUUGACUAAUACCACAGUUUCAUGGGCCACUUCUAAAGGCACUAUAUUGGAGACAGGGGCACUGGAACAUUCCAUUGCAAAUACUACCAGUGUGGUCAAAGGACACAUUCCUAGUUUACAACACCAAGAAUCAAAUAAAGACAAUUUGGUAUUUACUCAGUCGGGAAGCAAAGCAUUUUGCUCAUAACAAACCAAAAGUUCCUGUUGACAGCUGCAAAGGUUACUCUGGGAUGUACUCUUGAGAAAAUGAAAAGACAAAAAAAAAAGUUUCAUUUGAAUAUCAUACUUUUCCUUCAGGAUGUUGGAUCACAUUUAUGUUUAAUUAGUCAGGAGAUAUGUAUACAUUGUUAUAUUGACAGCAUUUCAUUCAUGACCCCCCCCCCCCAAAAAAAAAAAAAAUAAAAAUAAAAAGGGAUCAGUGUGAAAUUUGAUUUUUAUUUUAAAAAAGCAUGUGUAGCCAAUGUAAAGGUUUAAUUGAAAGUUUACAUUUUAAAACGUUUACAAAAAGUGAAAAGAAAAAUUAAGAUUUUUUUUUUUUUUCUUUAAGGCAUGCAAGUGUUGAAAAUUCUUAACUCUUCUUAUGGGCUCCGCCAUUGUUAGCUAAUUAUUCACGAGCAUCACUGCUAAAGAUUUCACAGAACUGCACAAUUUUUGCUUAAAACUGGAAGGAUAUGUUAUUAAAGUAUGUUCACAAAUAAAUUAUG